AUGCUGUGGCUGGCGCUUUCGACCUUCUUCUUGGGGAACUCCAUUGCUGGCAGCCCAGCGCCCGUCCCUGAUCGUGAGCUGGUGGGCAUCAUCGGCGGCAACAACGCCCCACAGGGGAAGUGGCCGUGGCAGGUCAGCCUGAGAAUCUACGCUUACCACUGGGCCUCCUGGGUGCACAUCUGCGGGGGGUCCCUCGUCCACCCGCGGUGGGUGCUGACCGCCGCCCACUGCAUAUCCCGGAAGGAGGCCGACCCCUCCGCCUACCGCAUCCACGCCGGGAAUGUGUACCUGUACGGGGACAGGGCGCUGCUGAACGUGAGCCGUGUCAUCGUCCACCCUGACUACGUCUCUGCCGGCCUGGGCGCGGACGUCGCCCUGCUCCAGCUGUCGAACUCUGUGGAAGGCGCUGCUAACGUCAAGCCGGUCAGGCUCUCGUCAGCCCAGCUGGAGGUCAUCCCGGAGGACCAGUGCUGGGUGACCGGCUGGGGCUCCAUCAGGAUGCACGAGCCGCUGCCCCCGCCUUACCGCCUGCAGCAGGUGACAGUGCAGGUGGUGGAGAACGGCGUCUGUGACCAGCUGUACCACAACGCCUCCGAGCACCACCAGCUUGGGAAGAUCAUCCAGGAUGACAUGCUGUGUGCGGGCACCGAGGGCCGAGACUCCUGCUACGGCGACUCUGGGGGCCCCCUGGUCUGCAAGGUGAAGCGUGUCUGGUACUUGGUGGGCGUGGUCAGCUGGGGCUACGGCUGUGGCCUGCGCAACAUCCCUGGGGUCUACGCUCGCGUCCAGACCUACGAGCCGUGGAUCACGCGGCAGAUCCAGAGCAGCCCCUGAAUCGGCCUGGGGCAGCGGCUCCCGCCUCCUCCUGGCACCUGCU